CCUGAGCUCCUGCGAGCAGCGCAAGAUCAACUGGCCGUAUCAUAAUCAUGUCCGCGGUUAAAUUUUUCCUCUGGAGUAUCAUGAGCUGAUUUGUCGUUUUACCUUUUUACCAGAGGAUCACACUCGGGUCAGAAUGCGGCUGUGCUCCUGUGCCACGCACGUGUUGGGUCGAUGGAUGCGCAGCUGCUCUAGGCGCAGUCGCAUCCAUUUGCCCCGGAGACUGCAGGAGCCCCUGAGUUACAUUAGACUCAUUUUUAAUUCCGUCUGCCACAACUCUCUCCUCAACUGUGAUCUCGUCACUGACUCACUUUUUGAGCCGGUCUUCUGGAUGGUGGAGAUUAUUACCCGCUGGUUCGGGAUAGUCUUUGUGUUUCUAGUAAUAGUUCUCACCAGCUCCGUCCUCUUGGUCGCGUAUUUCUCAAUUCUCCCCUUGGCGAUUAAUACAUAUCCUCUUGGCUGGUUAGUAUGGCAUAUAUGCUACGGACACUGGAACCUGGUGAUGAUUGUCUUCCACUACUACAAGGCCACCACAACAUCUCCUGGAUACCCACCUAAGAUGAAGCCUGAGAUUGCAUUCGUGUCUGUCUGCAAAAAGUGUGUAAUGCCUAAACCACCAAGAACUCAUCACUGUGGUAUUUGCAAAACGUGCAUACUGAAAAUGGACCAUCACUGUCCUUGGCUCAACAACUGUGUUGGUCAUUUCAACCACCGUUACUUCUUCUCCUUCUGUCUCUAUAUGACUCUUGGCUGUAUAUAUUGCAGCAUCAGUGGCCGUAACCUCUUCAUGGAUGCAUAUCAUGUUUUAGAUCACAUCAAGCACAUGGACAUGGAAAAACAGGGCGUCCCAGUGACGGGUGUAGGUCUGCUCAUAGGAAUCCUUCCUCAGGAGUCUCUGACUGUCAAGAGUGAAACUUCAGCAAUUUUCACCUUUAAAGACCGGCUGUUUCAUAAGAGUGUUAUCUACAUGUGGGUGCUUACUAGCACUGUGGCAAUUGCUCUAGGAGCCCUGACUUUGUGGCAUGCUGUCCUUAUCUCCCGUGGAGAGACCAGUAUUGAGAGGCACAUCAACAAUAAAGAGGCUACACGCAUGGCCAAGCGGGGAAAAGUUUAUAGAAAUCCUUUUAACUAUGGCAAAUUGAACAACUGGAAGGUGUUUUUUGGAGUGGAGAAAAGGAGUCACUGGUUGACCCGGGUUUUAUUGCCUUCCGGCCACAGUCCUUAUGGUGACGGACUGACAUGGGACAUCUACCCGAUUAAAAAAGACAUGAUGCCAGUGUAAAUUUGAGCGCCAACAAAUGGAACAUUGCAGGUCCCUGCCUGUCUGUGGAUCCAUAAUCCUGCACAUCAUGUAGUCUGCCAAGCCUGGAUUUACAGUUAUAUCAUUGGAUUAUAAGAAGCUGUGAUGAGGGGAUAAAAGCGGUCUUGUCUCUGGAAUAUUGGAACUUUUAAACAUGAACAUAUACAUGAUCAAGUGUUUUAUUUAACUUGCAUGUCCAGAGUCUGAAUCUGAUGUUAGUUUGAAAGAACUAGAACAUACUGUGGAGCUGUGCUUCCUCUAAUAUCAAAAAUGCAUAUCGAAUUGACUAAAUGAUGGCUGAUUCUCCAUGUUUUAUACUCAUUAUAUUUAUUUUCUCUUUGCACCCAUAUGAGGUCUGAGGUUUUUAUGGGGAAAAAAAUUUAUAGUUACUAAGAACAUUUUGUGAAUGGUUUUUGUAAAGCAUCAUGCAGACAUGGUGGUGGGUUUCUCUUACCUGUUACAUUCUAUUUUUCAUUGUUUUUCUAACAAAUACUUGACCAAUAUUUAAAAAUAAAUAUGUUGCUUUUUAUUGUGGAUGAAA